AUGCCUGGAGAGAUCCCAGCACGACCCUCUACGGUCUCCGCUUUCAAGUACACGACCUUUUGUGGCUCGGAAAGCGGACACAUCGUGAAGAAGACGGCCGAGAAGACGGUGGGGCAGAACGACGUCGUGGUCAGGAUCACACACUCUGGGCUCUGCGGGACAGACGCAUGGCACCGCAAGAGCAAUAUGUGUCUCGGACACGAAGGAGUCGGUAUCAUUGAGCUCGUCGGAUCCGCUGUGACGACGGUGAAGAUCGGCGACCGCGUUGGUAUCCCCGUAGUGCGCGCGACUUGCGGCAAGUGUGAAGCCUGUCUGGUCGGCGACGAUGCGUACUGCCCAAACAUGGACGCAUAUAGUAGGGAGGGCUCGACUCCUGACCUCGGCACGCUCGCGUCACACGCCGUUCUCAACGAGACGUUCGUGGUUCCCAUACCCGACGGGCUGGACAAUCGCGAUGCCGGACCGCUAUUCUGCGCGGGCGCAACUGUAUUCGAAGUGCUUCAUAGGUAUGGUGUGCGUGCGGGUGACCGUGUAGGGGUAGUAGGCGUCGGUGGACUGGGCCAUCUCGCGCUUCAGUAUGCGAAUAAGAUGGGGUGUGAAGUCAUCGCAUUCUCUGGAACGGAGGCAAAGAGGGGGGAGGCUAUCCGAUUGGGUGGGCAUGAGUUCUAUGCGACCAAGGGAGUGACAAAGUUCCAGAGGAUCAUGCCAAUCCACCAUUUGCUCGUCACUACCUCAGUGUCGCCAGACUGGGACUUGUACUUCCCCAUCAUGGCAACGAAUGCGACAAUCUACCCGAUCACGGCUGACUAUGGCGCGCGGAUGAACUUCGACCUGUUGACGCUCGUGGUGAAGGGCUUGCGGGUUCAGGGAUCGUGCGUGGCGCCACGGAGUAUGUAUCACAAGAUGAUCAGGUUCUCCGCGGCGCAGGGCAUUAAGCCAAUGGUCGAGGAGUUUCCAAUGACGGAGGAAGGCAUAGAGGAUGCUUUCAGGGCGUUGGACAAGGGUAACUUGCGCUAUCGCGCGAUUCUUGUGGCGUAA